AUGAACACAAAAAAGGUAUGUGUACUUAAUAAUAUAUAAACUUUUAAAUUUACAUAAUAUUAUUUUACUGUCGGUAGAGAUUCCGGGGCAAAUAUUUGCGCAAUAAAUACGACUGUUUUUUAUUUAUCAAUAAUGCAAAUUUGGGAAAGCGUAUACCUACUAUAUAAUUUUUAGUUUUUUUUUUAUCACGAAUACACAAAACCGUUAAAUAGGUACAUACCAAUGUUUUUGAAAAUUAAUUUUUUAUAAUAAACGUGAUUUUGAUUUUUUUUAUUCCUACGAUUAUUAUGUUAAUUUAUCUAAUAUUAAACUGCCUAUGGUAAAUUCCAUAUUGUUUUCAAUUCCCGGGGGCAGUUAGUAAUGUAUUUUAAUGUAAUAUUUAUACUAAUACCUGGGUACCGAAGGUGAUCAACUAGGGGGGGGGGUAAAUAAUUUAUUUGUGCGAAUGUUUUCGAAGUUUUAACUUAUUCUUGGGUAGUUAGGUAGAUACCUAGGUAAGCCGUCAAAUUAAAUAAAUAUAACAGCGGGUAGGUACCGGGUUCAAGACCGCGUAGACAAUAAUCAAAUAUUAUCAGAUGGGUACCUCUACCUACAGAUAUAUUUUUCAAUUGUACAUUAACGCCACGCCCUAGCACAUGGCAACGUAAAUAAAAAGGUUUUCUGGAAAUUAUGUAUUAAACGGGAAUUUCUCGUAUUGCGAUUACACAUUAUUAUACUAUCGAAAAAACUUCGUCGUUAACGGGCUGAUUAUAAAUGUUCGGUCCUAUCAGUUACCUAUUCGUUCGUUUUAAAAUCGUCAUAGUGUUAUGUUUUAUUAAAAAUCAUAGAUGGGUAGGAGGUAACGCGUGAUUCUAUAUAUUUUUAUAAACGUACAAAUAAUGUUCUGUAAUGUUAAAAUUAUAAUUAGAUACCUUAUACCUUGUACAUUUUAAACGUAUAAAAUACGAUUUGUUAAAAUUGUUUUCAAAAAUGAAUUUAAUGUUUUAUUAAAAAUAUUUGCAACAAAAAUGUAAAAAUAUCUAUAGGAAUAGGUAUCGGUUUUAAUACAAGGACAUAAGUUAUAGGUACCUAGAUAACCAAAGACCACGCCGUAACGUAGACUGAGCAUAGGCGUGCCAGGUGUGUCGCGGUACACCCCGUGCCUUUGGGUCGACAGCAAAAUUAACUCAUUCUGAGUUUUAUUUAAUUAAAUGUUAUUAACCAAUUUGGCAUGACAAAUUGUCACAGCGUAACCAAUAAAUCGAAUCGGCCCGCAACCACUUACUCCGAUAUUACUUAACGCUGCCUUGGGUCCGGGGCCUGUUGUAAUUGUUAUGGAUUUAUUAUUUUUUUUUUACAACGUUGUAAUUUAUUAUUAGAGAUACGUUGGGAUGCAUAAUAACGUUUUCUCGUGAAAUAUUGUUCGAUAUAUUACGGGCAAUCUAAUACUAGUAUACCAUGCAGGUGAACAAUAUGAUUUUUGACUAAUCGAUAUUUUAUGUUCACCGCCGGAAUUUUAAGGGCGAGCCCUAAACAAGGAAUAGCAGCCCGUUUUCUCUAAUGGCACACCUUGCGGAAAGACCCCGCGCGCGCCUAUGACUACGAGUCUUAUUCACUGCAAUUGUCGCGUCUACAAAACUUAAAAAUUACUCCUUAUUAGGGGGGGGGGAGCGUUUAGGCAACAGUUCGAACGCGAACGAUCCAGUAACUAUGCAUAAGCAGCGCGUGGACACGAACGAACGCACAGUGCAAACGGUACUUACGACCGAAUGUCUAUCAAAAUGCGGCCCGAUUUUGUUCGUACCGUAGGUAGUCUAAAUGCACAUUUAACCGUGGGUACCUGGUCUACCGCAUUUAGAUAACAUUGUAAAUUGAUUGUUUCAAAUAAAAGAAAAGCCAGGUGACACUGGGUGGGAAGGCCGCUUGUAUGGGCGGUAAGUUGGGAUGAUCGUUUAUAAUAGAUAAAGCAGGCAGGCAAUUUAAUUUACGUCUGUACGCAAUGAUUAAUUAUCGAUAGCGAAAACUAUUAUGGGAAAUUCAUUUAAACACAUUGUUUUGAAUAAAAUUCAAUUCGCAAUGAUUACACGGAUCCAUGGUCCAUUUUAAAAAAUUCAGUACUCCUCAUAAUAAUAAUAUUUAACUAUAACUAUAUAGUUAUAGUUCCUAAUAUAAGGGUUUUUUUUUCUUCCUCGUGAUUUAACUUGUUCUAUACAUUUAUUGACCAUAAUGUUUUUGUUUAACUAUAAGUUAAUAUAUAACUAUCAUGUAUAAAAAUAAAGUUUUUUUUUUAAGCUUUAAACAUGAGAUUUGUGAUUUAUCAUGUACUGUCUAUUUUAAAAACAAUCUAAAAAGAAUUAAAAGUUAAAUUAUGAAGUUAGAUAUUUUUAAUCACUUUAAAAUAACAAAAAAAUUAUUAUCAAAUAAAAUUCGGCCUCAGUCAUAAACACCAAUAGCACUGUCAGGGAAAUGUAUGAACGAUAAUAUGGCCGUAAGCAAAAAUAAAUAUCAAAUAAUAAAAAAUUUCACUUAUACUAAUUUUUGUAGCUUAUGGCCCAAAUAUUUCCAACAUUAAACAUUUUUAGAGUCUACAAAAAAUAUACUAACACUGAAAGAGUAAGUUCCAUUACUUUGAAACUAAAGUUUGCUCUAUAUAUGCGUCAUAUUACAUACAGAAAAACGAAUCUGUCGCUAACAUCAAAUAGCUGUCUAGUCAAUAUUAUAUACAAUUUUGUUAAUUUUUUUUUUUUUUUUCAGAUAUUUUUCGCCUUUUUUAUCAUCUCUAUGCUAUCUACUGUCUACUCAAGAGCUCUGGAGAAACGCGAGUUACAAGAAGUAGAAGACAAUGAGGCAUUAUACACUUCACAUGGUAAUUAUGGCGGUGGUAGUGGAGGUGGUCAUGGUCACGCCACGUCUUACCAGAGUUAUGUGCUACAUGCUUUCCAUCCUUCUAAAUUCCAUGUUAAAGAACACUAA